ACCAUCGUUCUUCUGUUUGGUGCAGAUCACAGAUCAGCCACAGCUACGGGAUGGACAAGCAAGGGAGAAAUACUGACAGAACUGAUGGAGGUAACCAGCCCAAAGGUGGAGGCAGCUCUAAUGAUGAUGGUGGUGGGCCAGACAACCAGUCCAAAGGUGGAGUCAGCUCUAAUGACGGUGGACCAGACAACCAGUCCAAAGGUGGAGUCAGCUCUAAUGAUGGUGGACCAGACAACCAGUCCAAAGGUGAAGUCAGCUCUGAUGACGGUGGACCAGACAACCAGUCCAAAGGUGGAGUCAGCUCUAAUGAUGGUGGACCAGACAACCAGUCCAAAGGUGGAGUCAGCUCUGAUGACGGUGGACCAGACAACCAGUCCAAAGGUGGAGGCAGCUCUAAUGACAGUGGACCAGACAACCAGUCCAAAGGUGGAGGCAGCUCUAAUGAUGGUGGUGGUGGACCAGACAACCAGUCCAAAGGUGGAGGCAGCUCUAAUGAUGGUGGUGGUGGACCAGACAACCAGUCCAAAGGUGGAGGCAGCUCUGAUGGUGGUGGACCAGACAACCAGUCCAAAGGUGGAGGCAGCACUAAUGAUGAUGGUGGUGGACCAGACAACCAGUCCAAAGGUGGAGGCAGCACUAAUGAUGAUGGUGGUGGACCAGACAACCAGUCCAAAGGUGGAGGCAGCACUAAUGAUGAUGGUGGUGGACCAGACAACCAGUCCAAAGGUGGAGGCAGCUCUGAUGAUGAUGGUGGGCCAGACAACCAGCCCAAAGGUGGAGGCAGCAAUGAUGAUGGUGGUGGACCAGACAACCAGUCCAAAGGUGGAGGCAGCUCUAAUGAUGAUGGUGGUGGACCAGACAACCAGUCCAAAGGUGGAGGCAGCUCUAAUGAUGAUGGUGGUGGACCAGACAACCAGUCCAAAGGUGGAGGCAGCUCUAAUGAUGAUGGUGGUGGACCAGACAACCAGUCCAAAGGUGGAGGCAGCUCUAAUGAUGAUGGUGGUGGACCAGACAACCAGUCCAAAGGUGGAGGCAGCUCUAAUGAUGAUGGUGGUGGACCAGACAACCAGUCCAAAGGUGGAGGCAGCUCUAAUGAUGAUGGUGGUGGACCAGACAACCAGUCCAAAGGUGGAGGCAGCUCUGAUGAUGGUGGACCAGACAACCAGUCCAAAGGUGGAGGCAGCUCUGAUGAUGAUGGUGGACCAGACAACCAGCCCAAAGGUGGAGGCAGCUCUAAUGAUGGUGGGCCAGACAACCAGCCCAAAGGUGGAGGCAGCACUAAUGAUGGUGGUGGACCAGACAACCAGUCCAAAGGUGGAGGCAGCUCUGAUGAUGGUGGACCAGACAACCAGUCCAAAGGUGGAGUCAGCUCUAAUGGUGGUGGACCAGACAACCAGACCAAAGGUGGAGUCAGCUCUAAUGAUGGUGGGCCAGACAACCAGACCAAAGGUGAAGUCAGCUCUAAUGAUGGUGGACCAGACAACCAGUCCAAAGGUGGAGGCAGCUCUGAUGAUGAUGGUGGACCAGACAACCAGUCCAAAGGUGGAGGCAGCUCUGAUGAUGAUGGUGGACCAGACAACCAGUCCAAAGGUGGAGUCAGCUCUAAUGAUGAUGGUGGAACACACUUACAGGAAAAGAAAAAAAAGGAACUCCUGAAGAGUCUACAGAAACUAAAAAAAAGGAUGUCAGUAGAAUGUUUCACAUGUGCUGAACAUUUGAAAAAGUGCUCCAUCAACAAAACUCCGAUUGACCCGAAGGAUCUUUCAGAUUUCUUUGAUCUUUUAGAGAAAGAAUUACCCCAGAGAGCAAAGUGGCAUUCCCCAUUCAGUUGGUUUUGUCCAGCAGUAUCUACAGUGAAGGUGUUCUCUGUCGUCACUGGUCAGACCUUUGGUGCUGAUGAGGCCAUACUGAGACAACUGAAGAAAACUGAAGCAGUGGAGACCAAUGACCUGCAGGAUAGUGACGUCAUCAUCGUCUUCUGUUCAGUCAAGUCUCGUGUUGAAUCUGAUGUGGAUGCAGCCAUGAGAAAGGAUUCAGUGUCAUCUGGAAACAAACCAGUUAUUUUAGUGGUGAUGUGUCACACCAGAGAUCACGACUUUUCACCUGGUGUGACACAAUGGUCAGAAAUGUAUCCGAACAUCAAGAUGGUCACUCACAUUCUCUUCCAUGAGACUCAGCCGGGAUUACUGAACUGUCCAAGAAAUCACCGGGCCAUCCAACAAAUACAAAAAGAGUUAAAGAAAUUCAGUAAAUGAUGAAAAUGAUCUUUGACCUAACAGUUAGUCAGGUUGGUUCGUUUGAUGCCUGGAUAUGAAAGAAUGAAAUAAAGAAAGCAGAAUUAUCAUUUGAUUCACAGUCCAGAGUCAUAGUUUGUUUCAUGUCCUCCUAAAUGACUAAUAACAUAUUUCAUCAAUAGUCUUGUUGAUCAGAACAAAAUACUUUAUGAAUCAUCUGCAGGUUAAUGUGUCUGUAUUCUGGUGUAUUACUGUCACACAGCAGAUAUAAAAGAAACACUUUUAAUUCAGCUUUCAUAUUAAUGUUCUGUUGGUUUGUCUUUAACCCUCGUAUCAAAUCUUUGCUUCACAAAUCAAAGUUGAACUGAUUUCAUGUUGAUUUAAUAAAAAAGAUUUUCUGUC